AUGCCAGCCAGGUGUCAGAUUUUGCUUGUACUGUUUCUAUACGGCAACAGUGUUUUUCCCAAAGGUAAGAUAGCUUUGUUUUGCUUGUAAAAAUAGUGGACGGAUAUUUUUAAGAUUAUUAGCGAGCUAAUUGCUGAAUAGUCAAGAUCGAGUGUUUAAUCGAGGAAAGUUGAGGAAAUCCUCUCGUGAUAAUUGCUUCUUUUUCCUUUUAUCAUCAACUGCAUUCUCCUGAACGGUUCAUUUUUUGAUGAAACAACAAUUGUGUUUAACUAAUACAUAAACAAGAAUAUAAGAAACUGUCGUAACAUCGAAACGACUUUUUGAUGUAGAUGUCGUCACGACACUUUUUUCGAGGGCAGCAGAAAAAUAAAGUCAAAGAAAUUGAGACUACCAUGGAACUCAAAUAAGAACUGAGCGUAGAAAAGUAAACGUACUGCGUUUUUCCUUGACGCAACUAAAUUAUAUAACUUGAAGAUACUUAAAAAAAUUUGAGACACGGUUAUGGUAAAAAAAUGAAGUUAUUACCAAAACUAAUUUGUAUAGAGUACCAUUCAGUUACCGUUCUUGUUACUUUCAAAAAUACAAUAGCCCGGAAAAAGCCGCUUCUCUAAAUUUAAAGUAACAGAAAGAUUUUAUUCUCGAGGCAAAAAGAGAGCAUGGAAAAUCAUGUGGUCGUAAGCAGGAUGAGUAUGAACAUGCCCGCGAAUGAUCCUGUAGAAAAAUGAAAAAUAUGUGAAAUCUAGUUAGUGGAGAGUGUUAUGGAGCAGCUUUUUAAAAAUGGACAUGACAACGCCAACGAAGUCGAAUGUUCUUGGUUCGAAGUUCCAUGUCCAGGAAUUAACAGCACAAUAACAGGUCAUGAUAUGCGAAUUUGAAAUCUGCACUGAGACACAGCAUGGACUUAUUUUAAAAGAAGCAUUUUCAAUACGUGGUACCAGUUGGAGGUCUUCAGUUGAUUAAAUGAACUUUGACCGUGAGUCAACAAAACCCAACUGGGGGAAUUUCUAAAAAUAUUUUUCCUUGUAAGCAUCUUUCCAUUUUUGUUUAUCAACAAACGAGUUUCGACUUAGCUCAAGGUUAAUCUUUACUCGGCAAGGAGUCGUGCAUGUGUUAUUUGUGCUCUAACGUAACAUUUCCUUUACGUAAUAAGUCUUUAAAUCCUAAUCAUUUUUUUUUUUUGCAGAAUUAGCAAAUUCCAAUCCACUAUCAUUGUUUUUUUUUUGUUUCUUUGCUUAAUAUCGUUUUGUUAAUUGGGGGAUAUUCCCUCAGCGGACAUGUAAUGGCACGCGAAAACAGACACGCGUCGUUGAAAAGAUACAUUGUAUUCUUUGUUUUAGUGUUAAGUGUUUAUAAUCACGAAAAGAAAAAUAGCAGUCUUAUCGAGUGUUACGCGUACUUGCUCCGCGCUCCGCUCGCUUUAUAUAUUAACUUAAACUGAAUUUUUUGGUUGAAAGCCUCAGAAUUUAGGUAAGACUUUGAAAUAAAUUGCUUUUGCUACAACUUAAAAUAGACCAUUACUGUAUAAUCCUCAUCUUGAAAUUAUCCGGAAAUACUGCAAUUUUAUUUUAAGACGUUUAAUCUUGAGAGUAAAUUGCUCGCGAAACAUCUCAAGUACGUGCGUUUAUGAGAUUUGUUGUUUGCAUGAUUGGCUAAACCAUUGUCUUCUUGGAACUUAACCUACUCCUUGAGAUAUCAGACACUUAUACCUGGCCCUCUGAAAAAAGAUACCCGGAGAGUGGUUUAAGUUUUAUCUUUCAUAAUUAAGAUAGCGCGGUUAAAGCUCCUACCCCUCCCCUAAACCAACAUUUUGCCUUAAGUGAGCAGUAAGUGAUAUUAUUGGCUUAGGGGAGGGGUAGGUGGGCAGUUUCCCAGAAGCGUACGUAUAAUGAUCCUUUUUUGCUACCAUGGCCUCACUCAUAAAUUCGCGCUUUCGUGGCUCGCUUCGCUCGCCCAAAUGGAGAGCUUUCUCGUAGGCUAAGAAAUAACAAGAGACUCGACUGUGUUGUUGAGGCACACGUAUGACUCCCAUCUCUUUCUCUGAGUGUUGAAGGGUAAGGGGGCAAAAAAUCAGUAAGCGCCCCCGGGAACUGCGUUUAUUGAAGGUAGAAAGUCCUGCAGAGAAGCGAAACAUAGAAAAGAAUUGAUCAUGCGCGUUAUGGACUCGAAUAGACACAAAUCUGAUUUCUUCUUUUUUAUAUUCCAGUUCAAUCUAGCAUUUACUGCUCAGAUUCAGGUAACCCGGCAAACGGACGACGAAGCCCGCCUCCAGGGAAAAGUAAUGAAUAUCCACAAGGCAGCGUGAUACAGUACAAUUGUAUCCGCGGCUUUGUCCUGCACGGACAAACGAGACGUACGUGUUUAGAGAACGGGCAGUGGAGUGAAGCGCCUCCGAAAUGUCUCGGUAACUACUGUUUCAUCUUACAAGGAAAGGAUCAAGCGUUAAACAGUCUAAAAUCUAACUAUGUUAGCCAUCAAAGCUGACUCCCUUUCCGUCCCUUAGGCUCGAUUACCAGCUUUGAUGCGCCCGCGUUUCUUCCCUGUUUGGUUGGGCUGGGAGAGGUGGGAGGGGUGGGGGUGGGGGGUUUCAAAAACCGGACUUCUCAAACCGCUGGAAAUACGGCGAGCGAGGCCCUCUCAUACCAUUUCAGAUUUCUUAUAGGGUGUUGUAGGUCCAGUUUGCUUUAAUACAAGACCUAUAUAUAUGUAACUCACGAUCAGCAUUAUUGAACGGAUGAGGCGCAUUAAGGCCCACUAAAAACCGAAAUAUAUAUGUAUAAAAAACAGAAAAAAAAAUAGGGUAAAUCGUCGCUGUAUCUCGUGCAGACGAUAAUACGAGGGACGCUAUCGCUAAGGAUCCCAGGAAAGGAACAAACAGGCAGCAGCUAAGCUCACUUUCAUUGAAAACAGGCAAAUGUCAAGACGAAACCACAAAAAAGUGACUUUAACUCGCGGGAAAACCAAAACCUUCAAUUUCCCGUUAUUUGGCCGCAGCCCACUAGCACUGUCCAGUAUGGUUUGGUUCCUCGCCUCUGAAGUUUCAACUUGAGCUUUCGAUUCUUUAUUGAGAACAGUCAGGAGCCCAAGGCCAUCUCAGUUCAGAAAGAACUAAAAUUAAUGUGUUUCAUUACUGUCAGCUCUUCCAAAAUUUGUCAAGACACCAAGCAAUACCACAGUUAAAGAAUCACAAGAUGUUGUUCUUUCCUGUUCAACUUCGUCCCCGGAUACACAGAUCACGUGGUUUAAGGAUGGGGAACAAGUCACCGGAGACAGAAUUGCUUUCUUCAAAGGACGUUUAUUGAUUGUAUCGGUAGAACUUGGUGACAGAGGGUUGUAUGCAUGCAGGGCUACCAACGACGCAGGAUUCCAAGAGGCACAGGCUUACCUGCGGGUAUCAAGAGGGCUUGAUGAAGGUUGGUAUGAUCAAACCUUUUCUCCUUGUCAGAGGCGCCGUCUCGUAAACAAAUAAAUUAUAACUUUUUUAGCGUCCAAGGAUCGAUCCCUCCUAUUCUCUUAAAGUUUACAGUUGAACAAAACGUGAGGCGAAUAUUUGUUGAGCGGGAUCAGCACUCGAGUAACAUUCCAUUCUGUCCGCGAUCUGCGUCACAUAGCAAAUGUUUUCAUGUGCGGGAAGAGCAAUUGCUGUCGCGUGAAAACAUGUCGCGGCUUCUAACGUACCCGGAAGAACCUUGUAAUGUAGAAUGUAUUGAUCUGCUUAUUUAUCUGUGGUAAGAAUAAUCAUCUUCAGGUACCGUUUAGUUUGUUAUUAGUUUUUAAAGAACACCACGCGAGGUGAACAGGCGAAUUGGAGAGGAAGCCUCCUCUCCCGGGUCUUUCAUGUGCGCGCGUUUUCUCGAUAUCCUUGUUUCCUUUUCGCUCUGAAAAGAAAAGCCUGCUACGCAGGUUAACAAUCACUUUAAGCUCGUCACAACCGCUCAGUAUUCUGGGCGAAAUUUUACACCUCAAACUGACAGCAUCGGCUAAAUUGAACUCUACCAAUCACAAACUCAUUCGCAAAUUUUUACCUUUUUUCUGUUAGUUUGUGGCCGACCCAUUAUCCCACCUCAUGGUCGAGGCAAGAUCGUUGGUGGAAAGAAGGUUUUGGCGGGUUCAAAUCCAUGGCAAGUUAGUCUAUGGCGCAUGCGUGAGAAACGACAUUUCUGCGGUGGAUCUCUUGUGUCAGAUAGAUGGGUGGUGACUGCUGCUCAUUGUGUAGCAAGAGGUAAGAAUUUGCGGAAAAGAAAAUAUCAUAAAUGUACAGUAGCUUGUUUGGCGAUCGCUUUCCCCCUGAGCACAUGACGCGUGUGAAGCGCGCCACGUACUUUCUCAAGUCUUUUACGCCUUAAGCUGGAAAGGAAGUAAAUCAAGGACCUUAUAUCAACAUUCGUAUUAUUUAUGCUGUUCUUCAUACAUAUCGUAUCGUAAUCACUACUUGGUUAUAUUGAAAUAGAAGUUGGAUAAUAAGGAGAAAUUAGGUUUUGGUCCACUAACAUGGCUUAAACGCAAGACGCAGACUUCGUUGAUUGUCAAACGCUGGACAGGUUGUCACAGGGCUAAAAGUGUAGAUCUUAAAGUCAUUGGGUUGCUUGUGGACCAAUCUAGAAUUAUUCUGUCCCUUUUUCAAGUGUCGAAAACUGGAGAGUGUUGCGCAAUUAUCACACUCAUGUUCAAUAAUUACCAAGAAGACUUUGUUAUUAUUUUCUACCGCACCACUUGCCCCCACAUUUCUUCCUUUGUCUUCGUGUUGACUUUGAAACGACGUCACCCACAUGAAAGCAUUUAAUGAACCGACGGUGUGUGUGUUUGGAUCGCACGUGCGACCUAAGAGAGCGCAAGGGUGAUGGGAAAAGUGAGGUCUCCCCUCUUUCUUCCCUCGCCCUUCCCUUAACCUCGCUUCCGACUCUCUCUGAGAGACGACGAGGGACAAGUCAGAUAUCUAAUCAACUAAUGCCGUUCAACAGGUAUUACAGUCAACGAUUUCGAGGUACGACUUGGGAAAAUGUUUACCCACAAGCGAGAACGUCGUAGGGAACAAAUCAUACGCCCGGACAGAAUUAUCAUUCAUAGCAAGUUUAUCGCCGCAGACUAUGAUUCGGAUAUCGCACUUAUCCAUCUUAGCAGGAAGGUUGUUUACACUGAUUACGUCAAACCGAUCUGCCUUCCAUUGAAAAUACGGGACUCUGAUAGGAUUCUACUGAAGCCAGGGAACAUUGGGGUGAUCACAGGUAGGUGCAUAUUAGGCCCCACAUUAUGCUCCGACUAGGACCUUAAAUAAGGUCCCAAUUACAACCCCAAAUGCUCCUUCAACAGUUUAACUCUUAUUCGCUCUUCUAGACUUCAGUAUUUUUUUAAAAAAACAACAUUUACCUGCAACUAAUACGUACUAUAAUCCGUAACAUAGGUUGGGGCGGAAAAGGACACGGAAGACGUCUCGUUAAACGCAUGCGCAAAGCAAUCGCGCCAGUUGUGAAGCAAACAACGUGCAAAAAGUCACACAGAUACAAAGUCACAAGGAACAUGGUUUUGCGCUGGACAUUUCAAUGGGACACUUGGUGACUCCUGCACUGGAGACUCUGGAGGUCCGCUAACUAUCGAAAACCGCGGGCGCUGGGUGCUGGCGGGAAUCAUUUCCUGGGGAGAUGGCUGCGGAAGGAUUGGAAAGUACAGUGUUUACACUCGAGUGUCGAUAUAUUCUCGCUGGAUUAGGAGACAUAUUAAUGGAGAAGAUUAAACAAGAGAGAGAGAUUUUAAAAGGAAGGGACACGCCUUAUUCGAAGCUUUUAAACAGUUGUGCUGGCUGAUCAAGUGAUACGCUAUCCGGCGAUGUUCCCGUCCAUGAAGAACUUUCUGUAAAAGUGUGGUGUUCAAAAACUGACGGACCAUCGCAGUAUAAAACAGUUUAAGUUAUGAAGAUAUUGUAUAAAGCAGCAAUAGUUUUGGUAGAGUGUAUUUAUUCCCUCUGAACGCUUUAGAUCGUCAAGGAAUUCCAUUAUCAUGAUACGCCUUAUCGUUAUGGCCCGUGUGUCCCUUUAGAAAUCCAGACGUAGUUAAUCGAUAAAAAUCGAUAUCGGAAAUCAAUCGAUAUCAUCGAUAUUAAUCGAUUUAAUCCUCUAAUUAUUAUCGAUUGAUAUCGGAAAUCGAUAGAAAUCGAAGUCAGAGAAAAAUAAUUUAUCGUUUAUUAUCGAUUAACAAAUCGAUAACAAUCGAUAGGAAUCGAUAAAAAAUCAUUAUCGAUUUCUAUCCGAAAAUCAUCAAUAUUAAUCGAGAUCAUUUCCUUUAUCGAUCUCUAUCGAUCAAUAUUUCGGAAAUUGACCUUCAUUGAUGAUUGAUAUCGAUUACUAUCGAUUAAUAUCGUUUAUUGGUUUAUCCAUUAAUUACGUCUGGAGAAAUGAACCAGAAGGGAGAUAGCUCUUUUCUUCAGCGAGAUUUAAAAAGCAAAGUUACUUACAUUGUAAUACUGGUAUUUACGAAGGUUGACAACAUGGAAAUUAUGUUGCAAUAUUUACACGAAACUGCUUGUAUGGAAACUUUAUUCGCAAAAAAAGCUAGAAAACGCACUCAAAAAACAAAUAUUUAGUGAACUGCCAAAUGAUACUUUGUUCAUACUUCGUGUUAUUUUAACCAUACCGAGCGAAAUUCGCGAGCGCGAGAGGAGGAGAGACGCGUUUCACCUUCCUCGCUGGUGGCCGCCAAAGGCGGAUACCUUUUUCAGGCUUUAAGUAAAUCAAGGGGUAAGGAAAUCUGUCAAUAAUGGGCGAAGCCCCCCCCCCUUAAAAUUAGGGGUACCACCCCCCCGGUCAAAGAUGCAUUCUGAGUAACGCUUGAAACAUUUUGCGUCAUGUAAUUUAAAAGUAUUGACAGAAAGACGAGCAUAUUGUUAGUUGUGUAACAUGAAAAUUACAUGACUGGUCCUAGGCAGAAUAAGGGUUAAGUUAAAACUCUGAAGAGACGUUUAACACGUAGGAAGAAAGUUUAUUUCAAAAUUUAAUGUUAAAUGCAAUAAA